AUGUUUAACCUACUCCCAACAGUUGUUGCACUAUGUCUCCAAGUCGGAUUAUCAGUAAUGGCUGUAAUCGCGAAAUUUGCGCUUGAUUCCAACUUGAUCACUCCAAGGGUUCUUGUGGCUGAGCGACUGGUAAUUGCGUCUGCAAUACUUAUGACGCAAUACUUACACCACUUGCUCUCAAAUUCGAAAGGGAUGCAGCUCACCACUCCCACUUUCACUUCUGGGAUGUUUAAUCUACUCCCAGCCAUCACAUUUGUCAUGGCAUGCAUUUUCAGGCUGGAAAAACUGGCAAUUCACAGCCACCGUGGAAAAGCAAAGAUACUUGGAACGUGUGUGGCGGUUGGUGAGCAAUGA